AUGACAGAUGCUCUAGAACAGAGUGUCCUCGCGUUAGAAAGAACAGUUUCAGUAUUGCAAGAUUCUGUCGAGUCUUUAAAACGUUCAAAUAAACCAAGUACGAACCUUGCAUCGACGAUGCUACAAACUAAAAGGGUUUUUCGUUUAGUUCCUGAAUAUGACGUUGAAAGAUCAAAAUUAGACUUGAUUGAAGAGGUAGAACCGUUGGUAAGGACUCUGGGCGAUAAAUUACGUAAAUCUAUGGGUAGAAUGCAAAGGGAACUUGAUACAUUGCAGCAGACUUAUGAAUUGAACGAUUUAAGGUUAAAGAAGAAUAUUAGUAUGGAUGGGGACGGUGUUCUGGAUAGUUCAGACGUGGGUCGCGAAUACGAAAACAGAGAUGCAGAUGUGAGCACAGAUGUGGUUAUGAUGGCUUCUUCUACUAAUGAGGAAUUGGAAGAGUUGAAGAAAUUAAAGGAAAAGAAGAAGCAACUGGAGGAUAAGUUGGAAAUACUUAAACAGAAAUAG